AUGGCGAAACCAUUCCAUUUGGAAAGCCUUCAUACUAGUGCUGUUGCACGCACAUACAGUUUCAAAAGCACAGUGACUCCCUGUCUAGACCCUUAUCAGAAGCCCCACCGAGAACCUUGCCAACUGUUCUCUUGCACACAUCAGAACGGUGUUCACCGCGGAGAUGCCCCCUAUGGCAGCCUCAUUCCCCCACCUCACUGUGUCAUAGGAGUCACCAUGCCCCAGUCCUCCACCUGGAAGAGUCUCUUCAUCAUAUGUGUCUUUACCACCUUUGUUUUCGGCAGUGUGGUCUUGUGUGAAACUUCUCAAGGCUGCUUCAGCUACAAGCAGGAAUUUUAUGUAUCAGGGGCUUAUACAUGUACACACUGCUUUAAUGAAACAUGUAAUUCUAAUUCACAGUCUUGUGAAACUUCUCAAGGCUGCUUCAGCUACAAGCAGGAAUUUUAUGUAUCAGGGAUGUCUUCAGACUUUAUCCAGGAGAAAGGCUGUUCUUCAAAUAAGUGUGCUCAACUGAGCUUCUCAGCAACACUGGGGAAUGAACGGACUUUUGUGUAUGACCACCGAUGCUGCCAAGCCGAGCAAUGUAACAAACAGGACUUCCAAUUGUCUCAGAAGCCCUCAAACCCCAAUGGCAUUGAAUGUCCUGCCUGCUAUACUGAGAAUGACAUGUUCUGUGACUCAGUUCUGCUGAAAUGCACAGGAGCAGAGACAAAAUGUGUUGAGGUUAUUGGCACAGUGGCUAUAAAUGGAAUUUCUUACUUAUCAUUGUUUGGAAUGGGCUGUGCAACUGAAACUGCCUGCAACUUGAGGAAUGUGACUGUAGUGAGAGACACCAAAAUCCAUACUUACUGUACAGGUGCCACCAAUGGGACCCCCCCAAUGAUGCCCAUCUUCUCACCAAUUCUGACUAGUUUCUUUCUGUUGAAAGUCUUGCUUUAA